GCGAGUGUGGGUAAUAUGAACAUAUCCACAAUGUCAGCCAUCUUAUCCACGUCAGAAGGCACUAUGAAAACUACACGAAAAGUAACGAAAAGGUCAACUCUCAAGGCAUAUCAAAGUAACAACAGCGGGGCCACACUUAGCAUAACUAGUAACACCAGUAUUGUUGAUGGCGAUGCAGAGAAUAGUGCCACAAGGCAUAAAGCAAGUAAGAAGGAAUCUUCGGCAAGAGAAAAUGUAGAAGAACAGAGUCAGCUAAAUGAGAAUGUCUCUUCUACAGAAGAUGUGCAAAAGAUAUUAAAUAGCGAUUGCAAAAAAAAAUUAAAAAGCAAACAAAAGAAAAGUGAAACCAAUAAACAGAAUGUAUCGGUGAAUUCGAACUUAAAUAAAUUUGAUGCUCUACAAAAACGCAACUUAAUUCAUGUACGUUCAAGCGAUCCUUGUAAAGCACAGGAAAAGUUCAGUAAACUACAAGGGUAUAAGGAAAUUAAUUGCCGUUUAUGCACUAAGCCUGUGUAUAAAAUGGAGGAAAUUAUGGCUGAAAAAAAAAUUUAUCAUAAGAAUUGCUUCCGCUGCCAUGAAUGUAAUAAGCAAUUGAAAGUGGACAACUAUUUAAGCCAUGAAGGCAUACUGUAUUGUAUGGUACACUUUAAAUUGUUAUUUAGCCCAAAAUGCGUUGAAGACUCAGAACCAGAUAUUCCACGUAAGCCAGAAAUGAUUGUUAGAGAAAAUCACCCGAAUGAGUUACCCUCAGAUGUUAUAAGAGCAUCUGACAAGCCUGACCUCGGGUUGGAAGAGCUGCAACAGCUAAACGUACGAUCCAUAUUUCAAGUAUUUGAAAACGCAAUGAAAAUCCAAGAAGAAGAGCAUACUGAGCAGUCUCAACGAAAUGCCGUUAAGACUUCAAUAUUAUCGAAAAUAGCUAAACUGAAAGAACAGGGAAUUACUUCUGAUCUGAGCUUAAAGGACUAUAACGAUAGGAAAAAACAGAGUGGAAGUGAUGACUAUUCAUCUGAUAGUAACAAUGAUACGAGCCACGAUAAUAAAGAAAGCAUCGAAGACCGAGAUUCUGAUCGGGUGCACUCAGAGAAGAGCACCCAAAGGGAACGUCCGGUUGGACUUGGACAUGCAAUGCAUGAAAUUACGACGAAGUUCGAAAAUGAUCAAGUAAUGCCCAAGGAAGAACGACGUGAGGAACGUAAACAGGAAAUUCAAAAUAUACGUUCUCGCUUGUUUAUGGGAAAGCAGGCCCGUAUUAAGGAAAUGUAUCAACAAGCUGUUGCCGAAUCAGGACAUGGAACUACUUCGUCUGAUAAAAAGCCAGAGAUUGAAAUAGAAGGAGCCGCACGUUCACUUAAGGAACGUUUCGAAAGCGGCGAAGCAUUUAGGGACACCCAAGAUUUCAGUGCGGAAAAUGUCAGUUCUAAUGCUGUCUUGAAGAGCGAGGCUGACGUUUUCGAGUCCGCAAUGAGUAAGAAAUCACGGAGUAUUUUUAUGCAACUAGAUGCUCAAAAUGUAGCUGAUAGAAAACAAAUUAUGUCACCAAAGUUGCCGAAUUCACAAUUGACCAAACAACAUUCGAGUAGAACUAAUCGACAAAAUAGUGAAAAUGAACCAGAGAUUGUCGUCAAAUAUCACGAAAAGCCGGAGGAUAUAGAAACCGCGGUAUCCGAUAUUAGUUCGAAAUUUAAGUUUUUCGAAACAUAUCGUCCCCCAGUACAAAUAAGAAAGCAAUUUCGUAUUACUCCGCCAAGGGAAGAGGUUUUAAAAAUGCCAUCGUCAGAGUUUAAAACUGAAGCUUCUAAGAAUGCAGGCGAACUUGACAAAGAAGCUGAUGUUCUUGAGAAGUCACAUACUACUGCCAUAAUGUUGAGCAAGUUUCGCGAAAUAGAACAAAAUCGUGAUGAUCUACAAUCUAGCCCCCGGCCAUUAAAAUGUUUUACGCCGCCUCCAGAUGGUGGCAACCGCUUCUAUCAGGAUGUAGACAGCAGUGAUCUGGAAUCACAGGAUGAAAAUGAAGAAUUCGAAGAUGAUAAUAAAGAAGCUAAUUACGACUCAUCGGGUGAGCGUUAUAAGCGCCAAAUUGAUGACGAAGCUCUUAAGGAGGCACAAGCAACCGCACGGGCUAAGCAACUUCGAGCGAAAUUCGAAAAGUGGGAAGCUAACGAAAAUGAACGAGAAUCAGAUGAGAGACGUGUGGACAUAUAUUUUAAUGAAGUAUCAGACAACUUGAAUAUUGAAAGAACUAAAACAGCAUUCCAAACAGUCUUUACCGGUAGAACAAGAGGAGCUGAAGGCGCUAUGGGGGAAAACUAAAUCUGUCAUUGAGAGGAAGGUGUGUACCGAGAGCAUCCCUCCAAAAGAGGUGGAAGCAAUCAUAAAGAACACUAGUUAAGUCAGAUGCAUUUCAGCAAAGGCCGAUAUGGCCGAAAAGUUGACCAAAACGGGAAAGGAAAGGGAAAAGCUUUCCGAAUUCAUCAUGUUAAUUUGCCACCGUGUGGUACGGCACAUGUUUAAGGUCAUCGGUUCAAAAACUCUUCCAUCUAAAUCAAAAAACGCAAGCGGAAGCAAAGGGCAUAGUAGCAAAUGCGACAAUAAACGUAUUCUCGUUAAUACAUAAUUAAAAAUUCUUUUUAGCCUUAAUUCAGUCGAAACUGAUUGCGGUAGUUCUGUAAAGAAAUUACAAAGGGAAUUUAAUAAAUGUUUGUCAUUCUGCAAAAAUCAUCAAGAUGACAUCUUAAACUGGAACGCGACAGCCCUAACCUUGGCCAACAAACGCUUAUUUAUGAAUGAACAACUUUAUUCUUGGAGGAGAUAUAUAUCUGGAUGGAAUAAAGAAGAAUGCUUCUUUGCACGCUGCUAGUACAAUAAACAGUUUGUAGAUUAAUAAUAAAAUGCAAUGCUUGUACGCUUCAUCCAACUACAAAUUAAGUAUUUUUUUUCAGUGAAGUUAUCAUGGUCAACAUUUUUAAAUAGGGGCAUGGCUGAUGUAAAGAGAUAUUGUGAAGGGUUAUUCCAAAAAACCACAAAGCGAGGUGAAGACGGAAAAUACAUCAGCUUGGCUCAUCGCUGAAAAGUGGCUUUCCACAGUUCUACAGGGGUCUACAGGGGACAGUUCCCUGCAAAAGGAAUAUAACAGAGUUUAAUCAGGAUUUAAAACAAUUGGGUACAUGACGAAACUCAACUGCAACCUAUCUUAUGACUGCACCUACAACUACUUCCUGCCGCAUCAUGCAUUGAUAAGAACAGAUCACCUCUACGAAGAGCCGCGUAGUGUACAAAGCAUCCAGUCCGACUGAAAGUGGGAACAGUUUAAACGACGUACUUCACUCCGGACCUGAUUUACAGUCUGACUUGCAGACAUAAAUAAAAUGUCCCAGCAAUUUCAUAACAUGAUCACACUAAACUCCGGACAAUAGUAUAUCGUGGCAGCGUAAUCCUACCAAUAAGUCUAUAUGAGCUGAAGAUAGUUACUUCCGUGAUAAACUGUACUCAGCUACACGGACUUUAACACAGCUAGCUGAAAACGUUAAAAGUACGAAUCUCAUAGCGUAGAAUAUACCACGUAGAUGAAUGUAUGUCGAUGAUGUUCUUGCUGGAGGUCAUAACAUCGAGGAUGCCGUAAUGGCAAUGAAAUAUCUCAUAGCGUAGAAUAUAUCACGUAGAUGCAUGUAUGUCGAUGAUGUUAUUGCUGGAGGUCAUAAUGGCAAUGAAAUAUCCCAAGUCUUGGAGUAAGCCAGCUUUCCAUGGAGCAAGUAGACCAGUAAUAGCGUAUCAGUAUUUAAAAGCAUUUAAAAAAACACUUGCUGAAAAAAGACUUCCUGGAACUCCUGGAGAGUACCACCACCAUGAAGACCUUAGGCAUCCAAUGGAACGCACGUUCCGACUAUUUCUAUUUCACUGAAAACCCAAUAGAAAACUGUUAAAAAACAAGACUAGUGAUACUUUCCGCUAGUUCAGUUAGCAAGCGAAAGAACAGAUAAAAUUCGACGACCACUAAUUUUUCGUGAGCAUCUUCUCGGGACGCACGCUAUACUUUGCGUCUUGUCCGCCUUCGCCGUAAAUAUGCCAUUAUUGCAUCGAUAUUUAUGAAUGUAUUAGUAUAUGCUAUGGGGUGUAAAA